CUGGGGGUCAGGCCAGACCGCGGCAGCGGGCACCACCAGCCACCGGUGACUCGGCAAUACUACUGCAAAUGUCGCCCGGGCUUCUACGGCGAGCACUGCCAGUACGGCGCCCUCUGCGACCCGGACAACAUGAUCAACCCCUGCCUCAACAACGGCACGUGCAAACAACGGAGCAACUGGGUCGAGUGCAAAUGCUACGAUCCGUACAAGGGCCUGCGCUGCCAGAUCAAGAUGGACGGAGCCCAGAAACUCGACUAUUGCCGCCGACGCUGGUCGCUUGCGUGCCAGCAGGACUGUGUGCGCGGCGAGGGGUCCAAACGGGGCAGGUGCGUCUGUCAUCAGGGAUACCAGCUGCAGCCCGACGGCGCAAGCUGCCGGCCCACAGCUCUGCGCCGCUAUAUCAUCGAGGUGACGAUCCGUGACCGGGACAUCCAGCUGGACGACACAAACAUCGAAGCUCGCUUUCGUUUCAAUCGCACACGGUUUCAAGACUCCAAGCCUCUUCGAAUAAUUGAAAACCCCGCGGGCAGUGCCCGGCACCAGCUGCAGUUCUUGCUGACGGCGCUGCUCGCGGACGAGGCGGCCGUGUACGGCUGGGUCGCCGACGCGGUGCGUCGCGGCCGGCUCGGGGACGUGCGCGUGCGCCCGCUCCGGUUCGGCUUCCGGUCCGAGCCUGAGCUGCUCAUCAUGGGGCUGACUGUCGACAACGAAGGCACUCCCAGGUCGCUGGGGUCCCAGGUGCGGCUGACCUGCCGGGUCCGUGGCGCAGCGACCGCUGAGGUGCGCUGGUACAAGGGUGGCGCGCUCAUCAACGCCACCAGAGCCUCCACCAUCAGGUGA